GUAGUUUCACAGAGCAGAGUGGGGGACGGGAGCACCGGACUGAUACAGAAGUGAAGAAAUCGUUGCAGAAUGGCGGAGAGGUUGCUACCUUUUUCGAUCAUAUUUCUAGGAGUUCUCUCCUUGUACUGUGCUGCGUCAGCUGAUAACAGCGGCAUUAAGAAGAUGAAGAUGCAAUUUGCAACAGGGCCACUUCUUAAAUUCCAAAUCUGCAUCUCCUGAGGGUACAAGAGGGUGUUUGAGGAGUACAUGCAGGUCUUGUACCAGCGGUACCCAGACAUCCGCAUUGAGGGAGAGAACUACCUUCCUCUACCCCUCUACCGACACGUUGCUUCCUUCCUGUCCAUGUUCAAGCUGGCACUGAUCGGACUGAUCAUCAUCGGCAAGGACCCUUUUGCCCUCUGCGGUAUGCAAGCCCCAGGCGUCUGGGUCUGGGGACAGGAGAAUAAGAUUUAUGCCUGCAUGAUGGUGUUUUUCUUCAGCAACAUGAUUGAAAACCAGUGUAUGUCAACAGGAGCGUUUGAAAUCACGUUAAACGAUGUGCCAGUGUGGUCCAAGCUGGAGUCGGGUCACCUGCCCUCCAUGCAGCAGCUGGUCCAGAUCCUGGAGAACGAGAUGAAGAUGAAUGUACCCAUGGACACACUCCCCCACCACCGCUCCUAACCCUGUCUCAUCCCCCCCCGGAUGGAGCCAUAGACCCCUCCACGUUUGAGGUGGGUUUCUCAAUGGACUGUGAGGUGAUGUUAAUGAAGGUCUGCGCUGAAGGCAGGAAGACUGCUAGCUCAGACUGGAUGUCCCCAUUGCUCCUCACCACGCCCCUUAGACUUCCCGCCCCUGAUGCUGGCUUGGGAUCUACGGCAACCGCAACAGCCAUUUUGUUGUACUAUUACUACUGCAGAUAGUUAAUCUUGUUACAAUAAACAUUAAGUUUUGUCUCUUAUGCUCACAUGGAUCAAUUUAAGCGCAACAAUAUUGAUGUGGAUGGUCAGAUAUUAGAGAUUAAUAUAGAUUCCCCCCCCCCUUUAAUUAGCCACACAUCGGUCCAUGUGAGUUAGGCAUGACCAUAGGUGGCGUGUCCAUAAGGCCAAAAUGAUAUAGCCUAAUUAGCCUAUUCCUGUCUAUACAGAAAUAAAUAAAAUCAUUUAAAAUGGGCUACUAAAGUAUGAUUUGCCUACAGUGGGCCAUAAGCAUUGCCUACAGUUGGAAAUGCAGCACACGGCAAAUACCAAAUGCAUGAUUGUUUAGUUGUGACUCAUUGAAAAGCAAAGGCUCAUCCAGGCAUUUUGCAAUAUUUUGAAAUACAAUUGUAAGAAAACCUAGUUUGGAAAGUAAACUGUUAUUGCUGUCAGGAGAAAACAAUGAUAAGACUAAUCUGACUUUUACUAUAACAAUUAUCAACUUAAUUGAGCUAGUGGACCCCAUCUUGACAGUGGUGUAAAUAAAUAAAACGUUUUAGAGUUAAUUUCCUCCUAUUCUACACAUUUUUCCGCGGGGCAGAGAAGAUUUAGCAAUUUAACUAAUUUCAUGCAAUUUUACUCAUUUUGCCAUGGGGCAGAGAGGAAGAUUAGCUGUUUUACAACACAUUUCCUGCAAUAAUAUAUAUAUUUGUGCCAUAGGGUGGAGAGAAAUGCUUGCAGUUUAAUAUAUGAAUGAGACUAACAAAAUCAAUGGUGGCUGGUAAUUUGACCAUGAUAACAAGUCUAGAUAGCUGACCGCUAAACUAAUUUAGCAAUCCCCCCCCAAAAAAUGCUGAUGUAAAACCAAAUUUCGAAAUUGCUCCUUGUGUAUUCUACUAUUCCAAGGGCCGCCAGUUGCCCUGGCCUAGGCCUGUACGCUAUACAUGCUCAGCAUUACAUCCAACACGGAUUUAGUUAUAUUAUUAGCCUAAAUUAUGACAAUACAAUCUACUCAUCACAUUAAGAAUAGUAGGCUUGCGUAAGUGCAAAUGCGAUGAUGCAUGGAAUGCUUUAUUAUAAAGGUGCAUUUUUAUGGUGAAAAUUUGCUUCCCCAAACUUAACUCACACGCCUCAUAUAGUCAUGACGUUUUGCUUUUGAGCCAUUAUUUAUAGUAUAACCAUUGUUAGUGUACUACACGGAAAACAUUUUACAUCAUCUGAUCAUGAGCAUUUGAAUAACAUUUAAAAUAGCAUUUCAGAAUUAUUGUAAAUUGUAUAUUUCUUUGCAUAGCUGGAAGUGGAGCUAAGAAGAUUAAUAAAAUGUCUGUCUAAUGGUGAAA